GUUCUCUAGGGCAGCGCUGUGGAUCGGGACCACUUCCUUCAUGAUUCUGGUUCUUCCUGUCAUCUUUGAGACUGAGAAGCUGCAGAUGGAGCAGCAGCAGCAGCUGCAGCAGCGACAGAUCCUGCUGGGACCCAACACAGGGCUCUCGGGGGGAAUGCCAGGGGCUCUCCCUCCGCUCUCUGGGAAAAUCUGA